UUCGGUUUGACUUAGCGGAGAUUUUAAUUCCUUGUUCGAGUCUGGACUAUGACUGAAGGAACGCAUCUGCGGAGGCGAGGGGGACCCUACAAGACCGAGCCAGCCACAGACCUGAGUCGGUGGAGAUUGAGAAACGUUGAGGGAAGGCAAACAUGGCGUUAUGUUGAGCAAGAAGACACCCCAGACAGAGAACAAACCAUGCUGGAGGCCCACUCACUGGGAUUGGAUACGAGUAAGUACCUGCCUGGCUCCCCAUCAGUCCACACAGCGGUGGAUGCAGCCUUAAAGGGUAUGAACUUCUACAGUUACCUGCAAGCUGAGGAUGGCCACUGGGCAGGGGACUACGGGGGACCUCUCUUCCUGCUGCCAGGUCUCCUAAUCACAUGUCAUGUGGCUCAGAUCCCUUUUGCUGAGGCCUGGAAAAAGGAAAUGGUGAGAUACCUUCGCUCCGUCCAGCUUCCAGAUGGAGGCUGGGGCCUACAUAUUGAGGAUAAAUCUACUGUCUUUGGCACUGCCCUGAGCUACACCUCACUUAGGAUCCUGGGAGUGGAGCCUGAUGACCCCGAUAUGGUCCGGGCCAGGAAUAACCUACACAGCAAAGGUGGUGCCAUCGGAAUACCAUCUUGGGGUAAAUUUUGGCUGGCCAUCCUAAAUGUCUACAGUUGGGAGGGAAUGAACACACUCCUACCAGAGAUGUGGUUGUUUCCCAGCUGGAUGCCAGCACACCCUUCUACCUUGUGGUGCCACUGUCGCCAGGUCUAUCUCCCCAUGAGUUACUGCUACGCUGUGCGGCUGACUGCCAAGGAGGAUCCUCUGGUCCUGAGCCUACGACAGGAGUUGUAUCUCCAGGAUUAUUCCACCAUUAACUGGUCUGCACAAAGGAACAACGUGGCUGCCUGUGACAUGUACACACCUCACAGCACUCUGCUCAAUGUGGCUUACAUGGUGCUGAACGUGUACGAGGCCCAUCACAGCACCGCAUGGAGAGCGAGGGCUGUAGAAGAGCUGUACAAGCAUAUACAAGCUGAUGACCGCUUCACCAAAUCUAUCAGCAUUGGACCGAUCUCAAAGACUAUCAACAUGCUGGUGCGCUGGUAUGUAGACGGACCCUCCUCCCCCGCCUUCCGGGAGCACGUGUCCAGGAUCCCAGACUACCUCUGGUUGGGAUUGGAUGGUAUGAAAAUGCAGGGAACCAAUGGAUCUCAACUCUGGGAUACUUGCUUCGCAGUACAGGCCUUUCUUGAGGCAGGAGCCCAAGACAACCCCAGAUUAGCUGAGUGCCUUCGACAAGCCAACCGCUUCCUUACCCUGACACAGAUACCUGACAAUCCUCCUGAAUACCAGAAAUACUACAGACAGAUGAACAAGGGAGGUUUCCCCUUCAGUACCCGUGACUGCGGCUGGAUUGUGGCUGACUGCACAGCAGAGGGCCUGAAGUCUGUGAUGCUGCUUCAGGAGCUCUGUGCCUCUGUUGGACAGCCUGUCCCCUCAGAGCGCUUGUAUGAUGCUGUCAAUGUGCUGCUGAACAUGAAGAACUCAAAUGGUGGUUUUGCUACUUAUGAAACCAAGAGAGGAGGGAAACUUCUGGAGCUCCUUAAUCCCUCUGAGGUGUUUGGUGACAUCAUGAUAGACUAUACCUAUGUCGAGUGCACCUCAGCAGUGAUGCAGGCCCUACGCCACUUCCAGAAAGCCUACCCUGAACAUCGUGUAGCGGACAUUAGGUCCACUCUGAGAGAAGGACUGGAGUACUGUAGGAGGGUGCAGAGGCCUGAUGGAUCCUGGGAAGGAUCCUGGGGAGUGUGUUUCACUUAUGGAGCUUGGUUUGGCCUGGAGGCCUUUGCCUGCAUGGGUCACAUCUACCAGGAUGAAUCCGUGUGUGCAGAGGUGCAGAGGGCCUGCGAGUUCUUGCUGGACAAGCAGAUGUCAGAUGGGGGAUGGGGGGAGGAUUUUGAGUCCUGUGAGCUGAGGUGCUACAUUCAGAGCACCAACUCACAGAUCCACAACACCUGCUGGGCUUUGCUGGGCCUCAUGGCCGUCAGGCAUCCUGACAUAUGGGCCAUUGAGAGAGGAAUACAGCUGUUGAUUGACAAGCAGCUACCCAAUGGAGAUUGGCCACAGGAGAAUAUCUCUGGUGUGUUCAACAAGAGCUGUGCUAUCAGCUAUACCUCCUAUAGAAAUGUCUUCCCAGUCUGGGCCCUGGGCCGCUUUUCGUCCCUUUACCCCUUGAGCCCUUUGGCCGGGAAGGUCAAGUUAUGAUGACACGUCAAGGAUCAAAAUGGGGUUCCUCUGGAUUUUUCUCCCCUUUUCAUCCCAAUUCUGCACAACACCUACUGUGGCUGUGGAGGGCAUAGACUUAAACACGUGUGCUGCAAUACACGUGGCGCUAAGCCCCGACCCCUUCUUUCCACCGGCUAGCUGCAGGUUUUCCAGGGGAAUGUAACACGCGGGGAGGUGUGAGAGAGAGAAUGAGGAAGCUGGUACCCCGCUGUUAAAGGAGAAGCCUUGAUAUUAUACUCUGUCAUCCAUAUCUCAAAGACAUUUCACAAUUAUAUUCGCAUUACAUUCAAAUCAAGGUCAAAGUGUAUUUGCGAAUGAUUUUUUUCCCGUUGUUUGUUUUAACCUGCUUCAAGUAAUAAAUGGGUUGAUUAUACCACAUAGGAUGACAAGUUUGUACAAUCACCGAAGAGUAAUUAAAAGUUAAUUAAUAUACAUAUGCAAGUUUGUGACUUACAAUUUAGCCAUCUCUUAGCUGAUCUCAUAAAAAAAAAGUCAUACUGUUAUACCCAUGUGUUAUAUUCCUCUCAAUAAUGUGUAAGCUCUGUGAGGGCCUUUUAGAAACCAGAUGUGAACAGAGCUUCAUCUCCAGUAACAUCCCACAACCUCUGAAUUUCUUAGUUGAUGUUCCAACAUGGCUUCUGUCCUGGCUGAACUCUGAACAAAGUUAUCGUGAUGAUUUGUUGCUUUGACCUGUUUAGUUAAUUCUAAUAUAGACUGUAGUGUAGGGUUUAUUUUUCAUUACAUUGGUGCCUUAUUCCUCUCACAAUAAAUAACUUUUCAUUAAUUUAUAUUCCUGUCUGCAUAUGACUUCACUUUAUGUAUAAUCUCCCCUCUUUAUUAAAAACAAGUUGGUA